AUGAGUGUGCGUCAAGCACUGGAAUUUGAUCAAGAAAAUGGGAACAACAAGUGGCAAGAAGCAAUGAAGAAAGAGAUUGCACAACUUGUUGCACUGAAUUGUUUUACCUUUCAUGCCUCCAACUACAUACCUGAUGCUGAUUCUCAAGAAGCAAAAUUUGGAUACCUCAAAAAGUACAAAACAAAGCAGCUCAUCAUCGAUUCAAAACCUAUGAAAAUUGACCCCGCGAUGUUCAAUCCUGAAGAUCCAGAUGCAUCUUUUGAUCCUGAUUUUUUGAAUGAAUAUCCUGAUGCGGGAGAGGAACGUGAUCCCCAAGAGCCAGCAGCAUUUGGUACUGAAUUAGAGACAUCCAUACUAUUUGACGCUAAUCAUGGCCACAACAAAAGAACUCGCCAUUCAAUCUCUGGCAUAUUGGUUUACAUCGGAUCUACACUGGUAUUAUGGUCCGCAGAACGUCAGGGCUUCAUCGCCACCAGCACAUAUUCCGCUGAGUUCAUGGCUAUGCGCACUGGCGUAGAGGAGGCCAUAUCGAUUCGCUACAUGCUACGUUCAUUGGGUGUUCCAGUCACCAAACCAACCCACAUGUUCGGUGACAAUAUGUCUGUCAUCAAAACAGCCAGCUUAGUGAAUUCGGAAUUGAAGAAGAAGCACAUUGCGAUUUCUUACCACAUGGUCAGAGAGGCAGUGGCAGGCAGAGUCGUUUGCCUCAUUUGGUGCAAUACCCACGAAAAUUGGGCAGACAUUUGUACAAAAUCAUUGGGAGGCAACGCAUUCCACGCAAUCCUCGAUAAAAAUAUGCUUUGA